AUGACCUCCGGACACAACCAACCACCUGCUGCGGAUUCUGCUCCUGCCCCACCACCAMGGAAGAGGAGACGGCGCACGGCCGCAAGUGGUGCCGCCGAUGACUGCUUUUCGUGCCGCAAAGGAAAUGUUGUGUGCGACCGCAAACGACCCUAUUGCACCCAAUGCAUAGAAAUCGGCAAGGAGUGCUCAGGCUACAAGACGACUCUGACGUGGGGAGUUGGCGUUGCAAGUCGGGGAAAGCUUCGAGGUCUAUCAURUCCCGUUGCGGGCAUUGAUGCUCAUGCAGAAGAGCUUCGGCGGAGGAAGAUCUCUGUAGGCAAGCCUGUCAAGCAGGAAGAGCAACCCGAUGCUACGCUUGCCAGUGCGGCUUUCCAUUCAUCUUACUCGGCCUCCCUUCCUCUGAACAUUCACGGAUCGGGAUUCCACCCUUCGCUGCCCACCAUUCAGGCUCGUCAAGAAGGAUGGCAGUUCCAUGGCUUUCAACCUCCUCCUCGCGCCGGCCCUUCAUCCUUACAGCAUCGAAACCUGCAGCACAUUCACACCUCCAUGCCUCAGUACGAUGGGCCAGGCGCUCCUCAUUCCGCGAGCUCGACGGGGUCGUUUCCAGACGACUUCUCACCUCAUUUUGACUUCCCACGGACGCCAGGCUCUGUCAACAUCUCGGAGUCGUUCCAGCCAAAUCGGCCCAUGUCGUAUACUAGCCAGCCGCUGAGUAGCUCAAUUGACAGCUUAAACAGCGCUUCCAUGGACUCCUACGAUACGCUGAGCUCCAGCAUUGACUCCAUUMGUAGUAGGGGGUCGUAUAAUGACCAUGGUCACUGCCACGACUCUGCGCUACCCGAGCUUGAUUCUUUCCAUCAAGGCAUGGCCCAUGAUGAGAUGCUUUUCAGCCCGGGUGUUGAUGUGCACUUCAAUUACAACCCCUUCGACCAGCUCGACUUACAAGAAGAAGAGUCCGACACCAAGACGAUGAACAUCUUCGACACGCGCUUCAGCAGCCCGUUCUUCAACAUGACGCCGCGCUUGCAAUCCUUGAUGGAGUAUUAUGAUCGCCAUAUUUGCACAUAUUUGGUUGCCUUUGAUGGUCCCGAGAAUCCAUAUCGCAAGCACAUCCUCCAGCUCGCCGUUCACAACGAAGGACUACAAAACGCCAUUGCCGCGCUAGCAACCAACAACAUCCGCAUGAGGAAGGAGCCUCUCCCGCGGCGACUAGGGUUUGUUGAAGAACUUACCAACGCUUUCGAUGGCACCAGCAGGUCUGGUGCAAGUGAGCCUUCGCCUGAAGAGACGUGCUACAAGCAAAUGUCGAUCGAUCAGUUGAACACGCAGUUGACAGACGCCCGUGCAGCUCAGGACGACUCCGUUCUAGCGACUCUUCUAAUUCUGUGCCUCUUCYAUGUGUGUGAUAGUGGCUUCUCCAAGUUCAAGACUCAAUUGGCUGGUGUUCAGAAGUUGCUUUCUCUCCGCAACCCCCACGCCCAAUCCGAGUUUACGGGCUGGGUGGAAAUGUUCUUCAUCUGGUUCGACGUCAUGACCAGUGCCGUGAAUGACCGCGAGACGCAGAUCAGAGGCGAGACACUCGACAUGCUGGAUUACUCGGCCAAUCUAGGAGCACUGGAGCAGUUCUCAGGCUGUGACGGACGAUUGUUCAAGCUCAUUGCARGGCUCGGCCGGCUCAACCUUCUAGCGCAAGGGAGACCCGUCAAGCCUCAGGAAGGCCCGCGGCGUUCCUUUACGAGUAAUCCUCUCCAAUCGUCCCCAUCAAGGAAGCGAAAAACGUUUUCUUCCACCGCCGACUACAGCAAGAUGGACGGCAACGGCUGGGGCAGCCCCAUCUACUCCGACGACGACACUGACGGCUCGGGUGAAGACGAGUUGAGACAUCACAACAUCGACGAGAGACGUGAAUUCUGGACCGAGUGGUCCGAUAUUCGCGCAAGGUUACAAGCAUGGCAAAUGGAGACCGGUUCCACGCCGGCUUCCACCCAGCCAACAACCUCACCAGGGUAUGAGCUGGGUCAGCGUGAUCUGCUCCACAUCAACGAGAGCUUCCGCUUCUCCGCCCUUCUCUACACAGAACGGCUUGGUCAGCCCAUGCUGCCCAGCUCUCACUCAAAUUUCCAAAAAUACGUUUCAAAAGCACUGUUUCACAUCACCGCACUCGAGAUUACAAGCUGCGUCAACAAGUUCUUGCUGUGGCCUCUGUUCAUCACAGGGACCGAGUGUGUCAGCGAAGGACAUCGUAACAUCAUCCGCACGAGGUGCAUAGAGGUUCAGAAGGAGAGCGGAUUCUUCAACAACAUCAGCAGUCUAGAAGUGUUGGAGAAGGUGUGGCGGGAGAUGGGCAACAAUGGACCAGGCGCGGAGGUGGCUGAGAUAAGAGCUCGCAGGCGGGACUCUGAGGCUGGGCGGACGGGAAGAUAUGGGCAGGCAUUCAGGUGGCGGAAAGCCAUGGAUCGAGUUGAUGGAGAGUACAUCAUUAUAUAG